AUGCAACAUGGCUGAGUUGAGGACCAUCGACAGAUGAUGAUCAGCGACCCUGCACGCACUGUGUUUGGGGGCGUUAACCUCCACUUCACCAGACACGCCCGCUUCCCUUCUAGCUGAGUUCACUCGUAUUCGGUUACCGGAGACUUUCAGAAGUGAUUCCUUUGACAAGGAAAGACCAAGAGACCGCAAAUCACUCCCGAAAGGACAGGAGCCAAGAACGGAUCUAUAGCCUGGAGGAGGUUCCUUGCUUCGGUCUCCUCACGCGCUCCUUUUAUCUGAGAACUGAAAGAGAUUUCUGAAAAAAAUCAACAACAGUAGGCUAGAUGAAGAAAUAAAACUUGUUUGAUUGGGGAAUGCCUAUUUGCCUUCUCUAAAAUGUUGGCUCUUUCUUGAAGUGAAGUUUAAUGAUUUCUGGGAGCGCUCCUUGGCUCCCCCUCGUCACUUUCACUUGAUGGUCUAGGAGGACUUUUCUUCUUCACAAGAGUUGUUGACGCAAAGGUCACUAACCCCUGGACGUUGACAGCUCCCUUUCUCCAUCCACUAGCAGACCCUCAUCUCGUUCAUAUUUCUCUUUCUCUCUCGCUCUCUCUAGUUUCUGAGAGAAAACGACAAAAGAAGUGAGAAACAUUACGCCACUUGUGCCCUAACCAUCUCUAUCGCCAUCUGUGUGAUAAAAAGUCACGGGGAAGGAAGGAAAAGGAAGCGAGAGAGAGGGGGAAAUAGUGAUUGACGGCAGGAGGAACAGUGUGUUUUGAUGUUUGGGAUCCAGGAGAACAUCCAGAGGAGCGGGAGUGUUAUGAAAGAAGAGCCCAUGGUGGCCGGGAUGAAUGCGGCGCGGAGCUGGAUGCAGGGCGCCGGGCUGCUGGACGCCAACACAGCCGCCCAGAGCGGAGUGGCCCUGGCCCGGGCACAUUUCGAGAAGCAACCGCCCUCAAACCUCCGCAAGUCCAACUUCUUCCACUUCGUGCUGGCUCUGUACGACAGACAAGGGCAGCCGGUGGAGAUAGAGAGAACCAGCUUCGUUGGAUUUGUUGAAAAGGAAAAGGAAACGUCAGGGGAAAAUACCAACAAUGGGAUACAUUACAGGCUACAGCUCCUAUACAGCAAUGGUAUCAGGACAGAACAGGAAUUUUACGUGCGCCUCAUCGAUUCCAUGACCAAACAGGCGAUCAUCUAUGAGGGACAGGAUAAGAACCCUGAGAUGUGUCGGGUUCUACUGACUCACGAGAUUAUGUGCAGUCGGUGUUGUGAUAAGAAGAGUUGUGGCAACAGAAACGAGACGCCAUCUGACCCCGUCAUCAUUGACAGGUUUUUCCUCAAGUUCUUCCUGAAAUGCAACCAGAACUGUCUGAAGAACGCAGGGAACCCACGAGACAUGAGACGCUUUCAGGUGGUGGUGUCUACCACGGUGAGUGUGGACGGUCAUGUCCUCACUGUCUCUGACAACAUAUUUGUCCACAACAACUCUAAACACGGUCGCCGGGCCAGGAGACUAGACCCCUCAGAAGGAACACCCUCGUACCUGGAGCAUGCCACCCCCUGUAUUAAGGCGAUCAGCCCCAGUGAGGGCUGGACUACAGGUGGGGCCACAGUCAUUAUCAUAGGAGAAAACUUAUUUGAUGGACUCCAGGUCAUAUUUGGUACCAUGCUGGUCUGGAGCGAGCUGAUCACAGCCCACGCCAUCCGGGUGCAGACUCCCCCUAGACACAUCCCCGGGGUCGUAGAGGUCACGCUGUCAUACAAGUCUAAACAGUUCUGCAAGGGCACACCUGGACGCUUCAUAUACACAGCGUUGAAUGAGCCCACUAUAGAUUACGGCUUCCAGAGGUUACAGAAGGUCAUCCCCAGACAUCCAGGAGACCAGGAGAGACUACCUAAGGAAGUCAUUCUAAAGAGAGCGGCAGACUUGGUAGAAGCGCUGUACGGGAUGCCACACAACAACCAGGAGAUGAUUCUGAAGCGGGCAGCAGACAUGGCAGAGGCGUUGUAUACAACAGUGCCACGCGGCCACAACCAGCUGACCGGGCUGGGCAGCGGCUCCGUCCACGCCGGCAUGAUGGCCGUCAACUCCUUCCCCGGGUCAGAGGUCACACAGAUAGCCAAUCAGGGUUACAGUAGGAGUAGCAGCAGUGUAUCUCCUCAUGGUUAUGUCCCCAGCACCACACCACAGCAGACCAGCUACAGCUCUGUUUCCACUAGCAUGAACGGCUACACUAACUCUGGCAUGACCACACUAGGAACCUCACCCAACUUCCUCAACGGGUCAGCCGCCAACUCACCCUACGCUAUCGUUCCCUCCAGUCCCACCAUGGCCUCCUCCACCAAUCUUCCCUCCAACUGCAGUAGUUCUUCAGGCAUAUUCUCCUUCUCUCCGGCCAACAUGGUGUCUGCUGCGGUCAAACAGAAGAGCGCCUUCGCCCCUGUUGUACGGCCGCAGACCUCCCCUCCACUCACCUGCACCAGCGCUAUUGCUAACGGACUGCAAGUAGAUCAGUCUUUUGUGGACUCUAGCAAGUACUCCUCCUCCAGCUCUCUUCAGGGUCUGUCCUUCUCCUGAAUGAUUCCCGGGAUGAUUGUUCCAUCCAUGUAGAAGAUCUGUGAACGUUGAGGAUUUGGGAAUGUUGACAGGGAGAGAACAUGUCUGACGUGUCUCUGUCUCACACUCCAACCCUCUGGACCUGAACAGAACACUGAACUAAAAAAGGAAGCCUUGUUAAACUCGGGCCUUUCUAGAAGGAAUCUCAUUGGAAGGAAGAAGGAGAAGAAGAGGACAAAAAUAUAAAAAAUUGGAGUCGAAUAAUAAAGUUAUUUGAAUUCAAUUGAACUGAAUUGAACUGAAUUGAACUGAAUUUUAUUUAAUGGAAUUGACGAAAGACUGUAAGAUGUCUCAUGACCCUGUCCACACCACAAUUGAGUGAUAAUAUUGAUGAUCUCAUGACCCUGUCCACACAACAAUUCAGUGACAAUAUGACUGACCUCAUGACAAAAGCAUUUAUUUAUGUUUUCUGCGUAUUUAUUGGUAUGAUGUUUAAGUUUGAUCUUUUGUGUGCCUUCUUACAGACUGUAACACAUACAAACAACACUGAAGAUGAUUGGCUGUAAGGGUUUGUGUGAGUGGAUAGCUCUAACAUGACUGGAUAGGAGUUAAGAAGGGUUGUAACAAAGCUGUCUUGUAUCAGUUUACAUUUAGUAACUGUAAACAAACAAUGUAUAGCCUCAAAACACGGAUAAAAUUAUAAUUUCCAUAUCAUGGAUGGUUGCUACUUGCAUCCAUAGCCAUGUCUAUGAAUUUGAGAGUGGUUACAUUUCUCCAUCUCUCAGCAUUUUACUGAAACAGUGGUGGGGAAAAUAUUGUGUUAUUGAUUCAACUGCGGAAUGCCCCUUUAAAGGAUUCAAACAGACUGAGCUGAAAGAUAACUUCUACAAUUUUGAAAAAACGUUUUGAUGCUAACUUAUCACAGAAAUUGAAUCAGAGAUGUGCAAUUCCCUUUUAGUUUCAUUCAGAAAACACAUUUUAUAAAAUAUCUGAUUAUAAGUACUAUUUAUGUAAUAUAUUUGUGUGUAUAAAUAUCUAAAUGAUGGGUUUAUGAUUGGAUUUAUUUUACUUUGUUUUACCAAAGUUAUACUUUAACAUUAAUAUGUCUAAAGGCAGCUCUCGACACAGAUGGUAAUUUCACUGCAUUGUCAAGCUCUCAUCAUCUACUGUAUACUUUGCAAAAAUGAGAAGCACGGAUUUGGAGACAAAAGGGGGAGUUCUGUAUAAAGUGAUAAUUUAAAUAAUGUAUUUAUCUUUUGUAGCUCAGUUGGUAGAGCAUGGCGCUUGCAAUGCCAGGGUUGUGGGUUCGA